AAGGACGAUUAAUUGGGUCCGCACUCCACUUCACCCACUUCCAAUCCAUCUUCAUCUACCCGUGUUAGGAAGCGUUCAGCUCAUCUUGUCCUGCCCGUUCCACCCGUGCCCUUUUCCACCCGCACCGCUCGUUCGACCCGGCAAAAAUAGAGUGAACAACACCCGCCGGAUCGUUUCUCCAACCGUUCCACCCGGCGUUCUCUCGUGACAAGCAUUCGCUACCCGUCCCUUCUUCCCCUGUAUCGCAGUUUGUUCUUUAAGAGGUCUCGUGUUCGAUUCUUCUCCAGCAAAUUCACAGAGUAACACAGAUAUGAGAGGUGAUACCCUUCCGAGGCCUCUGUCCUUUUCAGAUGUUGAAGAGGAUGAAGAGGGAAAAUUGUCUGUGAAGCCCAGUUUAAUAGGCACUGACGAAUCGGCACCUUCAAAGAAGAAAAAAAACGAGGAUGUCUCUGCACAGGCAAAUUUCAAGUUAAAAAGACACAGGGAAGAGCCAUUUCAAGGUUCGUCUUCUUUUUCGAAAAAGAAGACGACAUCUAGGAAAAGCCUGGACAAAUCCGGAAUCGACUUAGAAGAACUCCUGGCGCGGACUUACCCUAAGGAUAUCUCUGCGCCGGUGGAAAGUGCAAAGCAAAUGCCAACGGAAGGCUCCGAUCGCAGAUCGAACCGUAAGCAGAAAAGGCCGGUGAAAAGAGUCAGCGAUUCUGCUAAGAAAUGGUCCGGCGAUGAGGAGAUUUCUUUUUCCAUGGCGCUCUUGGAAUGUAGUUCGCCUGGAGGAGAGAUUAAUAUGGCGGCGUUUUACCAGCGGGCUAAGGAGUCUCUGAAUGGUGAGGUAAGUAAUUCUCAGCUGUAUGAGAAGAUGAGAAGUAUGAAGAAAAGGUUUUUAGCCAUACAGUCCAAGCUUAAGGAGCAGAACGUUGCAGAGGACGAGUUCCCUUACAGGACUCAUCAGGAGCCUGCUUUAUUUAGGAUAUGGAAGAGAAUCUGGGGAAAUAACGGUGAUAAUCAUGGAUUUCGUUCCGAAAACCCUAAGGAAAAUGGCGUUCAAGACCUUAGGUUAAUUGAGUUUGAAAAUCCUAGGGAAAAUGGAGUUGAAAACUCCAGGGAAAUUGAAAAUGAAAAUGCUAGGGGAAAUGGAGCUGAAAACUCUAGGGAAAUUAGUGAUGAAAAUCUUAUAGAAAACGAAGGUGAAAACUCAAGAGAAUAUGAUCCUGAAACACCUAGGGAAAAGGGAGGUGAAAGCCCUAUGGUAAACGAUGACGAAAGGGGAAAGUCUGGGGAAACUGAAGGUGAAAACCUUAGGGACAUUGGGUUUGAAAACCCUACAAAAAUUAAAUUUACCAACCCAAGGGGAAGUGGAGUUGAAAAUGAGAAGGAAGGGGAGGAGCAAAAUCUACAGAGUCCUGUGUCUCAUGAAGCCCAAAACAUAGAAAACAAUAGAGUGUGCGAAUUGCUGCAAAGCAAAAGUGGGCGUUUUGAGGACAAUAUUAAAAUCUUGUUUGAAAAGACAGAAUCGAGACUUCAAGCAUCAAUUGAGAGUUCAAUCAAUCGUGUUGCUGUUGCAAAUUUUCAGCCCUUUGGAGGUUUUGGGCCUGAGAUGGGGAUGGGAAUCUUUUUGUCGAGAAGAAUGAAAGAAUUGAUUGAUGGUCUUAAUUCUGUGAAGGAGGUUCCUGGUUUGGAUUCCAUGGAGGCUCAGGAAUUGCAGCAGAAAUGGCAUGCACUUAAGAUUCAGGAGGUAAGGAUUUUCUGUAAAAGCUUGGAAUUGCUGCAAAAGCAAUGCAGGUUGAUUUUGAAUAAUGCAGAAAGCUCAAGUUCUACUGACAAUCAUGGAUCUUAGAAUUUCAGAGGUAGCAUUUUUAAAUUCGCAGGCAAUCUUCUUCAGUGUAAAUUUAUGUCUUUGUUUAAGUUAAAUAAUUUAUAGUUAUAGUGUGGGAGAUGCAAGCCACUCUUUUGUUCAUAUGAACUCUGUUGAUAAUCGAACUUGCACUCAAUGAGCAAUUCAUGGCUUUCUAUUCAGAUCUUUGCGAUCUCUCUACAUGUUUCACUUUGCAUUGAUCUGUAGUUCAAAAUUAUUCAGUUGUAAUGAAUUGUGUAAUAUACUGAUGAUCUAUGGGCAAUAUUUAUGUCUCCAGUUUCAUAAUU